AAAUUCAAUGAGGUGGUUCCAGAGAACGUAGCGAUCGCGAACGAAGCAGGAAACGAAGCUGGUCGAGAGACAGGGAUGACGAGAAAUCAAAAGAGCAUGGCAGAGAUAGGGAGAGGGAUAGACAUAGGGAUACAGAUCGUAAAAGAAGCCGAUCGAAGGAGAGGGAGCGAGCUAAAGAUCGGAAGAGAAGCCGAUCAAGAGAUCGAAAGAAGAGUCGAAGUCGUUCUCGCGACAAGGCCAGAGAUAGAAAGCGAAGCAGAUCUCGUGAUCGACGCAGGUGAUCGGUAUGCGCAGGGAGCGCAGCGGAAUUUUGAUCCAUUCUCUCCAUCUAUUUAUGUUUUGUUGUGUUAA